AUGAGCUCGGCUAUUAUCCAGGAUCUGGUCAGCUCGGCGCGGCUAGUGCGCGAAGAUGCACAUUCACGCGUGCUUUGUUGGAUGGCAGAAAAGCCCUCUCAUGCUCUUUCUUUUGAAUCGAUGUUAAAGCUGUGGCGCGCACUUCUUCGCUCACUAUGGAUGACAGAUACCCCUGAGCGGCAGGAGGUGCUUACAGACAUUCUUUCGCGAUCGGCCAUUGAUACAUUGGGAGGCCCCGAAAGCGCAUCUGCACGUUUGUAUGGUGAUUCAUUUUGGAACUCCAUCGCCGCUGAAUGGGAAGCCUUGGAUAGCUUUCGAUUGGAUAAAUUUUAUCUUCUGAUGCGAAAGCUCGCCCCUUUGACGCUAAAUGCAGCACUACGAUUGGUAGAGCAUGGCCGCGUUGACGGAAAAAUGGUUCCCGCAUCCAUAAUUUUGUUUAUCAUUGACAAUCUGCUCUCUUUUUCUGACCGCUGUGAUCCCCUGCUGGCUCCGUUUGUAAAAUUGUAUCUAACAACAAAAAACGAGAUCAUCGCUUUGAGGAUAAAAGAGAAUAUCCUCAAUACUCUGCAGAACACCAGCCAGGCUCUUCCCCGUCUUUGUCACGAGAUCGCCAAGUCAGACAUUUCAGGGUACCAUGACGUUAUUAAUGUAUUAGGAGUAGCAAACGCAGGAAGGUGCUUUUUCAAAUCGCAACCCUAA